AUGCCCGGGGAGGUGCCGCCGCCGGCGCCCCGGGGGCUGCGGAGCCUCACGGUGCUGCUGCUGCUGCUUCUGCUGAGCGCUGCCCGGGUGAGUUACCGGCACCGGGACCGGGCGGGAGGACCCGGGGCGUGCGGGGAACCCCGCGGGGUCCGGAGGGACCAGCACCGGGGAGGUGGGGGGGUGGGGUGUGGGACCAGCGUCAUGCACAGACUGGGAAUGGGUGAGGCGAAGAGAGAGAGGACCGAGCGCUGGUACCGGUAUCGGUGUCGUACGUGGCCACCGGCACCGGGAGAGCGGCACCGGCAUCGGGCACGGACUGGGAACGGGGGCCGGGGGGUUCGGGGGAGCACCAGCACAGAUUUCUGGAGCGGUGGGAUCGGCAUCAGCAUGGAGCGUGGACCGGCACCGGGCGAAGGGGGGUGGGACCGGCCCGGAGUGCUAGAACCGGUAUCGAUGGUACCGUGCCUGGACCGGCACCGGAUGGGAGGCACCGGCAUCGGUCAGAGACCGGUACUGGGCAGUGGGGGUGGAACCGGCAUCGGUGUCGUGCGUGGACCGGGACCCGGCUCCGGACUGGGAGGGGGGUGUGGGACCAGUACCGUGUAUGGACUGACCCCGGCAGCGAGACUGGUACGGGGCUGGGGGGCCUGGCAGCGGACCGGAGCGGCGGGACUGGUACCGGUAUCGUGCGUGGACCAGCCGUGGGUGGGGGGCACGGAGGGUGGGAGAAGUAACAGUGUGGUGCGUGGGCUGAGCCCGGGCUGGGGACUGGAUGCAGGGCUGUUAUUCCCUGACUCCUCAAAACUCCUUUUAAUUCCAGUCUGGAAGGAAAACAAAGAAGCUGGAAGCUCUUAUCGGGAGGCUCAGCGCUGGCGCAAUGAGAACUACGAGAGGCCUGUGGACCUGGAGGGCUCUGGGGAUGAUGACCCCUUUGGGGAUGAUGAACUGGAUGAUGUCUACUCAGGCUCUGGCUCUGGCUAUUUCGAGCAGGAGUCAGGGCUGGAGACCGCAGCCACCCUGCCCACGGACACCUCGGUCACGCUGCCCACCACGGCGGCCGUGCUGCCUGGCACCUGGGUGCAGCCUGUGGCAACCCCCUUUGAACCCUUCCCAGCUGAGGACACCACCCCUGAGCAAACAACCAGCGCCUUGUACAUCCCCAGGAUGACAGAGGCACCACUGAUCCCCAGCUGGAAAGCAACCACCACCAGCACUGCUACCAGCGACUCACCUCCUGCCACCACCAGCUCCACCACCACCACCACCACUGCAGCCACCACCACCACCACUACCACUGUGGCCACCAGCACCACCAGCACCACCAGCACCACCGUGGCCACUGCCAAGCCCACCACUGUCCGGAGGUUCCUGCCUCCCUUGGUCACCAAGGCAGCCACCACUCGGGCCACCACCUUAGAGACCCCAACCACCUCCAGCCUCGAAAGCAGCACACCCACGGAGCUGGCCACGUCGUGGCAGGUCCCCACCAGCACAGCUAAGCCCAGGUCCCUGCCAAAACCAAGCACCUCCAGGACUGCAGACCCCACAGAAAAAAGCACUGCCCUGCCAUCCAGUCCUACCACGCUGCCACCCACAGAAGCCCCCCAGAUGGAGCCGGGGGAGGUGGCCACAGUCCCUGACAACGAGCUGGAGGCCCCGGCCAGCAGCGGCCCCAGUGGGGACUUUGAGAUCCGUGAGGAGGAGGAGACCACUCGCCCCGAGCUGGGGAACGAGGUGAAGGCCGUGGGGACACCACCAGCAGCUCCUGGGCCGGGCAGGAAUGCGGAGCCAGGGCUGCUGGACAACUCCAUAGACUCCGGGAACUCCGCUGCUCAGCUGCCCCAGAAGAACAUCCUGGAGAGGAAAGAAGUGUUGAUAGCUGUGAUCGUGGGUGGCGUGGUUGGAGCCCUCUUUGCUGCCUUCCUGGUCAUGCUGCUCAUCUACCGGAUGAAGAAGAAGGAUGAGGGCAGCUACACACUGGAGGAGCCCAAGCAAGCCAACGUCACCUACCAGAAGCCUGACAAGCAGGAGGAGUUCUACGCAUAGAAGCAGAGCCUGGCGUGCCUCACGCUCCUCCCUCCCUGCUCCAAACCUCCCUUCCUCCUCCUCCUCCUCCUCCUCUCCU